CUCCCUCCAUCCCUCCAUCUAUCCCUCUCUCCUUCCCACCCCCAUCCCGGUGCAGCCUCUGCCUCCGGGAAGGGGGGCCGAGCUGGAGCACCUCUGAUCCCGAUGGGACCUCGACAGGGGAUGGACAAGGGGGCCACUCCUGCCCUCCAAAUUUUACUCCUGCUCACUGUAUGCUUAGCCCAGGCUGGAGGCCAAGCAUGCGAGAGUGGACAGUUUCGCUGUGGGAAUGGACGUUGCAUCCCUGCAAGCUGGAGGUGUGAUGGAGCUAGAGACUGUUCGGAUGACACUGAUGAAGCCGGCUGCCCUCAUCCUUCCUGUGAGGGCGGUCAGUUUCAAUGUCGAAGUGAUGGAGAAUGUAUCCCUCGAUCCUGGGUGUGUGAUGAUGAGGAAGACUGUGAUGAUGGGUCAGAUGAGCAUCAACAAUGUCCCGGGAGGACGUGCUCAAGCCAGCAGAUGACAUGCCCUAACGGGCAGUGUAUCCCAAGUGAUUACAGGUGUGAUCGAGUCCAAGACUGCCCGGAUGGAGCUGAUGAGAGGGGCUGCAGCUAUCCAAUAUGUGACCAGUUGUCUUGUGCAAAUGGGGCGUGUUAUAACACCAGUCAAAGGUGUGAUGGGACAGUAGAUUGCAGGGACUCUUCUGAUGAAGGCAACUGCACUCAGAGAUGCUUGAACACGCAGUUUCAGUGUGGCAAUGGAGAAUGCAUCCCUCAAGCUUUUGUCUGUGACCACGAUGACGACUGUGGGGAUCGGACCGAUGAAAAUUCUUGCACCUAUCAAACAUGCAGAGGUAAUUUCUUCACCUGCCCAAGUGGCCGCUGCAUUCAUCAAAGCUGGGUCUGUGAUGGAGAUGACGACUGUGAGGAUAAUGAAGACGAGAAUGGUUGUGAAAGUGGGCACCAUGAAUGUUACCCAGGAGAAUGGGCUUGCCCUGGAUCAGGACACUGCAUCCCAGUUGAGAAAGUUUGUGAUGGAACCUCAGACUGCCCCAUGGGAGAAGAUGAAACCAAUGUGACUGCGGGCAGAUACUGCAAUGUAUCCCAGUGUGCCACCUUGAGCUGUCAAUAUCACUGCCAUUCUUCACCAUCGGGAGGGCUUUGUUAUUGCCCCUCGGGCUAUGUGAUCAGCAGCAACGACAGCCGGACGUGCAUUGAUUUUGAUGACUGCAAGAUGUGGGGUGUGUGUGAUCAGAUGUGUGAGGACCGCAUUGGACAUCAUCAGUGCCACUGCGUAGAGGGUUACGUCCUGGAGCAGCACCGGCACUGUAGAGCCAACGUUUCAUCUGGGGUUGCAUCCAUUAUUUUUUCCAAUGGGCGGGAUUUACUGAUUGGAGAUAUCCAUGGAAGGAGUUUCCGUACGUUGGUUGAAUCUCGGAAUCGUGGAGUGGCUGUGGGUGUGGAUUUUCACUUUUACAUGCGCAGGAUCUUUUGGACGGACACAGUCCAAGAUAAGGUCUUUUCUGUUGGCAUCGAUGGUCUAAAUAUGCAAGAAGUUCUGAAUGUUUCAGUCGACACUCCUGAGAACUUGGCUGUGGACUGGGUUAAUAAUAAACUCUAUGUAGUGGAGACAAGUGUGAACAGAAUCGACAUGGUUAAUUUAGAUGGAACCAACCGGGUCACUCUUAUUACUGAAAAUUUGGGAAACCCUAGAGGAAUUGCUCUUGAUCCAACUGUUGGGUAUUUAUUUUUCUCCGAUUGGGAUAGUCUUUCUGGGGACCCGAAGGUGGAAAGGGCCUUCAUGGAUGGUACAAACCGUCAAGAUUUGAUAAAGACAAAGUUAGGGUGGCCUGCUGGGAUAACUCUGGAUAUCGUAUCAAAGCGACUCUAUUGGGUCGACAGCCGGUUUGAUUACAUCGAGACUGUAACUUAUGAUGGACUUCAAAGGAAGACAAUAGCUCAUGGGGGAUCGCUCAUCCCACAUCCCUAUGGAAUCAGCCUCUUUGAACACAAUGUGUUCUUUACUGAUUGGACACGGUUAGCAGUGAUGAAGGCCAAUAAAUUCACAGAAUCUAACCCGCAGGUGGUCUACCAGUCCUCCCUGAGGCCGUAUGGAGUAACCGUCUACCAUUCUCUCAGGCAGCCCUUUGUAAGGAAUCCCUGUGGAAGUAACAAUGGGGGUUGUGAACAGGUCUGCGUUCUCAGUCACAGAACCGAUAAUGAUGGCCUGGGUUAUCGCUGCAAGUGCAUCCUGGGGUUUGAUUUGCACGUCGAUGGGCGGCGUUGUAUUGCAGUGCAGCAGUUUUUGCUCUUUUCAUCUCAGCUGGCAGUGCGGGGUAUCCCAUUCAACCUCUCAACCCAGGAAGAUGUCAUUAUCCCAGUGACUGGAAGCCCUUCCUACUUCGUGGGAAUUGACUUUUUUGCCCAAGAGGACACAAUCUUCUUUUCAGACACAACCAAAGACAUAAUUUAUAAACAAAAAACUGAUGGAACAGGAAGAGAAAUUCUUACAGCCAACAGAGUGGAAAGUGUUGAAGAUUUGGCUUUUGACUGGAUUUCAAAGAAUCUUUAUUGGACCGACCCUCGGUAUAGAAGUAUUAGUGUCAUGAGACUGGUGGAUAAAUCGAGGAGAGCUAUAGUCCAGAAUUUAAAUAAUCCACGAUCCAUAGUAGUUCAUCCAGUUAUUGGGUAUAUAUUCUGGACAGAUUGGUUCCGCCCAGCUAAAAUCAUGAGAGCCUGGAGCGAUGGAACCCAUGCAUUGCCAGUAGUGAACACUACCCUGGGAUGGCCCAAUGGCUUAGCCAUAGAUUGGGGUGCUCUGCGUCUCUACUGGGUAGAUGCCUUUUUUGAUAAAAUCGAGCAUAGCACGUUUGAUGGCUUAGAUAGACGAACUCUCGAGAGGAUUAACCAGAUGACUCAUCCAUUUGGCCUUACUGUCUUUGGAGGCUAUGUUUAUUUCACUGACUGGCGGCUGGGUGGUAUCGUUCGAGUGAGGAAAACAGACGGUGGCGAGAUCACCAUUAUCCGCAGAGGCAUUACUAAUAUCAUGCAUGUGAAAUCUUAUGAUGCUAAUUCCCAAAUUGGAACAAAUUACUGCAACCGUAUGACCAAUCCUAAUGGAGACUGCAGCCAUUUUUGCUUCCCAGUACCUAAUUUUCAGCGAGUGUGUGGCUGCCCAUAUGGUAUGAAGUUGGGCUCUAAUCAACUCACGUGUGUGGAGGAUCCAUCCAAUGAACCACCCACACUGCAGUGUGGUUCCUACUCCUUCUCCUGUAAUAAUGGUCGGUGUGUGCCCAGGUAUUUCCGCUGUGACGGCGUUGAUGACUGUCAUGAUAAUAGCGAUGAACAGCACUGCGGCUCAUUAAAUAAUUCCUGUGCGGCCUCAGCUUUCACCUGUAGCCACGGUCAGUGUAUUCCAGGACACUGGCGCUGUGAUAGACAUAACGACUGCUUAGAUGGCAGUGAUGAAGAGCACUGCCCUACUCAAGGCCCCAUUUCGUGCCCUGCCAGCUCAUAUACUUGUGACAAUAACCGUUGUAUUCCUAGGAUAUGGCUCUGUGAUACAGAUAAUGAUUGUGGUGAUGGAUCAGAUGAAAAGAGCUGCAAUUUUACAGGUACAUGUGAACCUGGUCAGUUUCAGUGCCCAGACCAUCGCUGCAUUGACCCAUUUUAUGUUUGUGAUGGGGAUAAGGAUUGUAUAGAUGGAGCAGAUGAAGUUGAUUGCAUUUACAACUGCUCAGCUUCAGAGUUUAAGUGUGCGAGCGGAGACCAGUGUAUCAGUAAUGUUUACCAUUGUGAUGGUGUCUUUGACUGCAAUGAUCAUUCCGAUGAGACUGGCUGUCCCACCAGACCUCCUGGGAUGUGCCACCAGAAUGAGUUCCAAUGUCAGUCUGACGGCAGCUGCAUUCCUAGUAACUGGGAGUGCGAUGGGCAUCCAGACUGUGUGGAUGGUUCUGAUGAGCACCAUGGCUGUCUGCCCAGGACCUGCCCUGCCUCUUUCUUCCGCUGUGAUAAUGGAAACUGCAUCUACCGGGCUUGGAUCUGUGACGGGGACAACGACUGCAGGGAUAUGAGCGAUGAGAGAGACUGCCCUACUCAGCCCUUCCGGUGCCCCAGUUGGCAGUGGCAAUGCCCGGGCCAUAGCCUUUGCGUGAAUCUGAGUGCCGUAUGCGAUGACAUUCCAGACUGUCCUAAUGGGGCAGAUGAGUCCCCGGUCUGCAAUCAGGAGAGUUGCUCUGAUAACAAUGCUGGCUGCACUCACGAAUGUAUCCAAGGUCCCUUUGGGGCUGAAUGCAUGUGUCCAUAUGGCUAUCAGCUUGCCAAUGACACUAAGACAUGCGAAGACAUCAAUGAAUGUGACACUCCAGGGUUCUGUAGUCAGCACUGUUACAAUGAAAGAGGGUCUUCUCGAUGUUGGUGCGAUGAAGGAUAUAUUUUAGAAAGCAAUGGGAAAACCUGCAAAGCUUCUGCAUCUGGAAAUCUCCUGUUACUUGUGGCAAGCCGAAAUCAAAUUGUUGUUGACAAUAUGACUGCUCAAGGACAUAACAUUUAUUCUCUGGUCCGGGACGGCAUACACAUAGUAGCGGUUGAUUUUGAUUCAGUCGAUGGUCGUAUCUAUUGGUCUGACACGAGCCAGGAUAAAAUCUGGAGUGCUUUUCAGAACGGAACAGACAGAAAAGUAGUGUUUGACAGUGGUGUCACCGUGACUGAAAGUAUUGCGGUGGAUUGGGUAGGUCGCAAUCUUUACUGGACAGACUAUGUUCUGGAAACAAUUGAAGUCUCUAAAAUGGAUGGGAACCACAGGACUGUGCUGAUUAGUGAAAAUGUAACAAACCCAAGGGGACUAGUAUUAGAUCCCAGAAUUGAUGCUCACCUGAUGUUCUGGUCUGACUGGGGCCGAAAUCCUCGGAUUGAAAGAGCCAGCAUGGAUGGGACGAUGCGGACAGUGAUCAUCAGAGAUAAGAUCUACUGGCCCAAUGGGAUUACCAUUGAUUAUCCCAACAAACUGCUCUACUUUUCGGAUGCCUAUCUCGAUUAUAUCGAGUUUUGUGAUUACGACGGAAACCAUCGGAAGCAGGUUGUAGCCAGUAAUUUGAUCCUGCAACAUCCUCACGCCCUCACUAUUUUUGAAGAUUUCAUAUACUGGAGUGACCGUCACACUCACCGAGUCAUUCGAGCAAACAAGUGGCAUGGAGGAAACCAAAGUGUUGUGAUAUAUAAUGUGAUGCAGCCUCUUGGGAUUGUAGCGAUGCAUCCCAUCCGACAACCCAGUAGUAUAAAUUCUUGUGUAUCUGCCCCCUGUAGCCACUUGUGCUUGCUUUCUUCACUGGGGCCAAGAUUUUAUUCCUGUGCCUGUCCUUCUGGAUGGACUCUCUCCCCGGAUUCUAUAAAUUGUGUGAGAGAUGAACAACCUUUUCUCAUAGCUGUAAGAGAUAAUGUAAUUUACGGAAUUUCCCUUAACCCUGAAGAGAAGACCAAUGAUGCCAUGGUUCCUAUAGCAGGAAUACGAAAUGGUUAUGACGUUGACUUCGAUGACUCAGAGCAAUUCAUCUAUUGGGUUGAAAAUCCAGGUGAAAUUCACAGAGUGAAGUCAGAUGGCACUAACAGAACCGUGUUCGCCCCAGCAUCUGUUUUGGGCUCUCCGAUGAGCCUUGCUUUAGACUGGAUUUCCAAAAACCUUUAUUACACAAAUCCUGGUGCUCAGUCUAUUGAGGUGCUGACACUUCAAGGUGAAACAAGGUACAGAAAAACUCUAAUUACCAACGAUGGUACCUCCAGUGGAGUUGGCUUUCCAAUAGGCAUAACUGUUGACCCAGCCCAUGGGAAGCUCUAUUGGACAGAUCAUGGAACUGAUAGUGGGGUACCAGCCAAGAUUGCUAGCGCUAAUAUGGAUGGCUCUAAUACAGUGACUCUCUUCACUGGUAACCUUGAUCACCUAGAAUUCAUUACCAUUGACAUCAGGGAGCAAAAGCUGUACUGGGCAGUCACCAGCACUGGAGUGAUUGAAAGAGGAAAUGUGGAUGGUACAAAUCGCGUGAUCCUAGUUUUCCAUCUUUCUCACCCUUGGGGAAUUGCCGUUCACGAGUCCUUCCUCUAUUACACGGAUAGAGAUUACGAGGUUAUUGAACGAGUUGAUAAAUCCAGUGGGGCAAACAAAGUUGCCCUGAGAGACAAUGUUCCAAAUCUGAAGUGCUUGCGUGUUUACUCCCGAGACAGUUCCGCUGGCUCCUCAAAUGGCUGCAGUAACAACCUGGGUGCCUGUCAGCAGAUCUGUCUGCCUGUUCCUGCAGGGCUGUUUUCCUGCGCCUGUGCUACUGGCUUUCAACUCAAUCCUGAUAACCGAACCUGCUCCCCGUACAAUUCUUUCAUAGUUGUGUCAAUGUUGUCUGCAAUCAAAGGCUUUAGCCUCGAGACAUCCGAUCACUCUGAGGCCAUGGUCCCCAUGGCAGGCAGAGGACGAAACGCCCUCCAUGUGGAUGUUCACAUGUCUUCUGGCUUCAUUUACUGGUGUGAUUUCAGCAGCACAGUGUCUUCUCUGAACGCAAUUCGCCGAAUCAAACCCAACGGCUCGUAUUUCAGAAAUGUCAUUACAAAUGGGAUAGGACAAAAUGGAGUUCGGGGCAUUGCAGUCGAUUGGGUGGCAGGGAACCUUUAUUUCACCAACGCUUUCUUGACUGAGACGCUGAUAGAAGUUUUGCGUAUCAAUUCAACUUUCCGCCGUGUUCUCCUUAAAACAACUGUGGACAUGCCCAGGCAUAUCGUGGUAGACCCCAAAAAUAGAUACCUUUUCUGGGCAGACUACGGUCAGAACCCAAAGAUUGAGCGCUCGUUUCUGGACUGCACCAACCGAACAGUGCUUGUGUCCGAGGGCAUCGUCACACCUCGUGGUCUGGCUGUGGAUCACAGCAAUGGCUAUAUUUAUUGGGUUGACGAUUCUUUAGACAUAAUUGCAAGAAUCCGCCACACGGGAGGUGAUACUGAAAUGGUGCGCUAUGGGAGCCGCUACCCAACUCCAUAUGGCAUCACCAUUUUUGAAAAUACGAUGAUCUGGGUGGACAGGAAUCUGAAGAAAAUCUUCCAAGCCAGUAAGGAACCGGGAAACACAGAACCACCAGCCGUGAUAAGGGAUAACAUCAACUGGCUGAGGGACGUCACCAUCUUCGACAAGCGGUUUCAGCCUCGCUCUCCUUCAGAGGUCAACAACAACCCAUGCCUGGAGAAUUAUGGUGGGUGCUCCCAUCUGUGCUUUGCUUUGCCUGGACUGCAGUCCCCGAAAUGUGGGUGUGCCUUUGGGACCCUGGAGAGUGAUGGGAAGAGAUGUGCCAUUUCCACAGAAAACUUCCUCAUCUUUGCUAUGGAGAAUUCAAUUCGAAGCCUGUAUUUGGAUCCUCAAAACCACAGCCCGCCAUUUCCCACCGUGAACGUGGCCAGGACAGCAGUCGCCCUGGACUUUGACAGCAUAAACAACAGACUUUACUUCACGCAGAGCUCGGCGAUGGAGAGUGGCAGAAUCUCCUACGUCAGUCUGUAUUUAGGAGUUAGUUCUCCAACUGUAAUUGCAUCAGAUGUGGGGACUCCCGAUGGCAUUGCAUUUGACUGGAUCAACAACAGAGUUUACUACAGUGACUACCAAAACCAGACUAUCAGCUCUAUGGCGGUGGAUGGAUCCAACCGCACUGUGGUAGCCCGUGUCCCCCGCCCAAGAGCGAUCGUGCUGGAUCCUUGCCGUGGGUACAUGUACUGGACUGACUGGAGUUCCAAUGCCAAGAUUGAGCGAGCCACCCUAGGGGGGAACUUCAGAAUUCAUAUUGUAAACAGCAGCUUGGUGUGGCCAAAUGGACUUACCCUGGACUAUGAGGAAGAUCAGCUGUACUGGGCCGAUGCCAAUCUGCAGAAGAUCGAACGCUGCUCCCUGACUGGCACAAACCGUGAGGUCAUCGUCAGCACCGCUAUUCAUCCUUUUGCCCUAACCAUUUAUGACCAGCACAUUUACUGGACCGACUGGAACACCCGGUCUGUUUACCGGGCCAACAAGUAUGACGGCUCAGACCAAAUGGUGAUGGUCAUGAAUCUGCCACAGCGACCGAUGGACAUCCAUGUGCUUGUCAAGAGCAGGCAGCGGCAAUGCAGCAACCCUUGCAACCAGUUCAAUGGGGGAUGCAGCCAUAUCUGUGCCCCGGGUCCAAAUGGUGCCGAGUGUCAGUGCCCUUCGGAGGGCCGCUGGUAUCUGGCUAACAAUAACAAGCACUGCAUUGUGGACAAUGGGACUAGGUGCGAGAGCGGACAGUUCACCUGCCUCAAUGGGCGCUGCAUCACCGAGCGGUGGAAAUGUGACAAUGACAAUGACUGCAAUGAUGGCAGUGACGAGCUGGAGAGCGUUUGUGCUUUCCACACGUGUCAGCCAACAGCAUUCACCUGUGGCAAUGGGCGGUGCGUUCCUUACCACUAUCGCUGCGAUCACUACAACGACUGUGGAGACAACAGCGAUGAGGUGGGAUGCUUGUUCCGAACUUGUGACUCCAACAGAGAAUUUACUUGCAAUAAUGGAAGGUGUAUAUCUCUUGAGUACGUCUGCAAUGGUGUAAACAACUGUUAUGAUAAUGGCACUUCAGAUGAGAGAAAUUGCCCUGAUCGCACUUGCCAGUCUGGGUAUACAAAAUGUCAAAGCACAAAUAUUUGCAUUCCUCGCACUUACUUGUGCGACGGAGAUAAUGACUGUGGAGAUAUGAGUGAUGAAAGCCCUACUCACUGUGUUUCUCUGACUUGUACUAAUAGUGAGUUUCGCUGUACCUCUGGGCGCUGCAUUCCUUCUUACUGGUAUUGUGAUCAAGGUGUGGACUGUGCUGAUGGCUCCGAUGAACCUUCCACUUGUGUGACCCAGGUGCGGACUUGUUCAGCUAACCAGUUCAGAUGUGACGAUGGCAGGUGUAUCCCAGGCACCUGGAUCUGUGAUGGUGAUAAUGACUGUGGAGAUAUGAGUGAUGAAGAUCAAAGGCAUGGUUGUGCGAACCGCAACUGCACACGCUCUGAGUUCACAUGCGUGAACAACAGGCCCCCACUUAGGAGAUGCAUCCCCAGAGCAUGGGUCUGUGAUGGAGAUGCUGACUGCAGCGAUGCUCUUGAUGAGCAUCAGAAUUGCACCAGGAGACCUUGCACCGAAAAUGAGUUUACCUGUGAAAAUGGACUGUGCAUUCGAAACACUUACAGGUGUGAUAGGCGCAGCGACUGUGGAGAUGGCAGUGAUGAGAGGGGGUGCAUUUAUCAGCCCUGUCAACCUCACCAGUUCACCUGCCAGAAUGGGCGGUGCAUUUCCAAGGCCUACACCUGUGAUGGGGACAAUGACUGCGGCGAUGAAUCGGAUGAGCUGGAGCACCUCUGCAGCACCCCGGAGGCCACCUGUCCACCUCACGACUUUAAGUGUGACAACGGCCACUGCAUUGAAAUGGUCAAAAUCUGCAACCACCUGGAUGACUGUGGGGACAACAGUGAUGAGAAGGGAUGUGGCAUUAAUGAAUGCAGCGACCCGUCCAUCAGCGGCUGCGAUCACAACUGCACAGACACCCAGACUAGUUUUUACUGCUCUUGUCUCCGUGGUUACAAACUCAUGUCUGACAAACGGACUUGUGAUGACAUUGAUGAAUGCAAUGAAACACCAUCAGUCUGCAGUCAGAUGUGUGAGAACACGGCCGGUUCCUACAUCUGUAAGUGUGCCCCAGGUUACAUCCGUGAGCCAGACGGAAAGAGCUGCCGGCAAAAUAGCAAUAUCUCGCCCUACCUCAUUUUUAGCAACCGUUACUACCUCAGGAAUCUUACUACAAAUGGCCAGUCCUACUCCCUCAUUUUACAAGGGCUGGGCAAUGUGGUGGCCCUGGAUUUUGACAGGGUGGAAAGGAGAUUGUACUGGCUUGACUUGGAGAAGAAAGUCAUUGAAAGAAUGUUCCUGAAUGGGACCAGCAAAGAGACUGUCAUAAACAACAAUCUGCCCUACGGCGAAGGUCUGGCUGUUGAUUGGGUUGCUAGAAAGCUGUACUGGCUGGAUGCCUACCUGGAUGGCCUCUUUGUUGCCGAACUUGAUGGUCGAUUCCGGCGAAAACUAGCCGAGCAUUGUGUAGACUCCAAUAACACCUUCUGUUUUCAGAAUCCCAGAGGGAUUGUCCUUCAUCCCAGAUACGGGCAGGUGUUUUGGACAGACUGGGCCAACCGACCAUACAUCGGCAGAGUGGGCAUGGAUGGAACGAAUAAGACAGUGAUUAUUUCUACCAAGCUCGAGUGGCCCAAUGGAAUCACCAUAGAUUACACCAACGACAAGCUCUACUGGGCAGACGCCCACCUAAACUACAUUGAGUUUUCUGAUUUAGAAGGACGACAUCGGCACACAGUGUAUGAUGGGACUCUGCCUCACCCCUUUGCUAUUACAGUGUUUGAGGACACUAUUUACUGGACUGACUGGAACACAAGAACCGUUGAAAAGGGACACAAGUACGAUGGCUCGGACAGAGCAGUGUUAGUGAACACAACGCACAGACCAUUUGAUAUUCUCGUGUAUCACCCCUACAGACAGCCAAUUGUGAAUAAUCCUUGUGGAACUAACAAUGGAGGUUGUUCACAUCUCUGCCUCAUCAAAGCUGGUGGCCAGGGUUUUACCUGUGAGUGUCCAGACAAUUUCCAGACAAUCCAGCUUGGGAGUGCCACUCACUGCCUUCCCAUGUGCUCCAGUACCCAAUUCCUCUGUGCUGACAGUGAACGGUGUAUUCCUAUAUGGUGGAAAUGUGAUGGGCAGCGAGAUUGUCGGGAUGGCUCUGAUGAACCCUCGACCUGCCCGCAGCGCUUCUGUCGCAUUGGACAGUUCCAGUGUAGUGAUGGGAACUGCACUAGCCCGCAUUUCCUGUGCAAUGCCCUGGCCGACUGCCCUGAUGGGUCAGAUGAAGACCACGUUCUUUGUGUGAAUCACCAGUGUGAGACCCACCAGUGGCAGUGCGCAAACAAGCGUUGCAUCCCUGAGGCCUGGCAGUGUGAUCGAGACAAUGACUGCGGGGACAACUCCGAUGAAGACAGUUCCCACUGCGCCAGCAGGACCUGCCUGCCGGGCCAGUUCAAGUGCGACAAUGGCCGCUGCAUCCCCCAGUCCUGGAAGUGCGAUGUGGACAAUGACUGCGGAGAUCACUCGGAUGAGCCUAUCCAUGAAUGCAUGGGGCCUGCCUAUCGCUGCGAUAACCACACAGAAUUCAGCUGUAAAACAAACUAUCGCUGCAUCCCCCAGUGGGCCGUUUGCAACGGCCAUGAUGACUGCAGAGACAACAGUGACGAACUAGGCUGUGAGGAGAUAACUUGCGCUCCAUCAGGAGAUUUCCGCUGCAGCAAUCACCGGUGUAUCCCACUUCGCUGGAAAUGUGACGCUAACGAUGAUUGCGGAGACGAAUCCGAUGAGCAGGACUGUGCCCCCCGGGAGUGCACAGAGAGUGAAUUCCGUUGUGACAAUCAACACUGCAUUCCUUCUCGCUGGUUAUGUGAUCAUGACAAUGACUGUGAAGACAAUUCAGAUGAACGGGACUGUGAGCUGCGGACCUGCCACCCUGAGUAUUUCCAGUGCAACAGUGGGCACUGUGUGGCUGAACGGCUUAAAUGUGAUGGACAUUCUGAUUGCUUGGAUUUUUCCGAUGAAGCCAGCUGCCCCACUCGCUAUCCUAAUGGCACUUACUGUCCAUCCACCAUGUUUGAGUGUAAAAACCACAUCUGCAUCCAGCCGUUUUGGAAAUGUGAUGGAGAUGAUGACUGUGGAGAUGAAUCUGAUGAGGAACUUCACCUCUGCUUGGAUAUCCCUUGCGACCCGCCAUUCCGUUUCCGCUGUGAGAACAACCGUUGUAUCUACAGCCACGAACUGUGCAACCAGCAGGACGACUGUGGGGAUGGAAGUGAUGAAAAAGAAGAGCAUUGUAGAAAACCUACUCCUAGACCUUGCACAGAAGAAGAGUUCAAGUGUGGCAAUGGGCACUGCAUCGCUCUACACUACGUGUGUGACAACUAUGAUGACUGUGGAGAUCAUUUUGAUGAAACAGGUUGCAACCCAGGAGCAGAGAGAACUUGUGCAGAGGAUAUCUGUGAACACAACUGUACCCACCUAAGUGAAGGAGGCUUUAUCUGCUCCUGUAGGGUGGGUUAUAAGGCUACUGAGGCUGACAGAAACUCCUGUGAAGAUAUCAAUGAAUGUGAGCAAUUUGGGGUCUGCCCCCAGGACUGCAGGAACUCUAAAGGAAGUUAUGAGUGCCUCUGUGCUGACGGCUUUAGGUCCGUGGGUGAUCAUGAAGGAAAACAGUGUGCGGCCAAUGGCAAUCCUCCUUUAUUGCUUCUGCCUGACAAUGUCCGCAUUCGACGAUACAACCUCUCAUCGGAGCAAUAUUCUGACUAUCUGGAUAAUCAGGAGAAUAUCCAAGCCAUUGAUUAUGAUUGGGAUCCUGAGGGGACUGGUCUCAGUGUGGUAUAUUACACCGUCCUGGGACAAGGUGCAACUUUUGGAGCCAUCAAACGUGCCUAUAUCCCCACUUUUGACAACAGUGGGAAUAAUCCAGUCAAGGAUGUUGACCUGAAUCUAAGAUACAUUGUGCGCCCUGAUGGAUUAGCUGUAGACUGGGUUGGAAGGCACAUUUACUGGUCUGAUGCUGGCACCAACCGGAUAGAGGUUGCUAAGCUGGAUGGACGGUACAGGAAGUGGCUUGUUUCUACUCAGUUGGACCAACCAGCUGCAAUUGUUGUCAAUCCCAAACUGGGGUUUAUGUAUUGGACUGACUGGGGAAGGCAACCUAAAAUCGAGAGGGCCUGGAUGGAUGGGCUGCAGCGACAAACCCUGGUUUCCAGUGACCUUGGCUGGCCAACAGGCCUAUCCAUCGAUUACCUGAACAACGACCGGAUCUACUGGAGCGAUUCUAAGGAGAAUGUGGUCGAGUCCAUGAGACAUGAUGGAACCGAUAGGAGGGUCGUUUUACUCGGAGUAGGGAGCCCAUAUAGCCUGGAUGUCUUUGAAGGCCAUUUAUAUUGGACAUCGAAGGAAAAAGGUGAAGUAUGGAAGGAGGAUAAAUUUGGGAGCGGAGAGAAAGUGAAAGUGCUGACCGUAAACCCUUGGCUGACUCAAGUUCGCAUCUAUCAUCAACACAGAUACAAUCAUUCAGUGCCCAACCCUUGUAAAGACGUCUGCAGCCACCUCUGUCUGCUGAGACCAGGAGGAUACACCUGCGGUUGCCCUCAAGGCUCCCAAUUUGUGGAGGGGAGUAGCACCGAGUGUGAUGCAGCCAUUGAAUCUCCUCCAACCAUGCCCCCAGCAUGCAGGUGUAUGGAUGGAGGAACAUGCUAUAUUGAUGAAAGUGGUCUCCCAAAAUGCAAGUGUCUUGAUGGCUACACUGGAAACUAUUGUGAAAUAGGAUUUUCUAGAGGCAUUCCUCCAGGCACAACAGCAGUUGCAGUGUUGAUGACCAUCAUCCUGGUCAUUAUCAUUGGAGCUCUGGCCAUCGGAGGAUUCUUUAACUACAGGAGAACUGGCUCCCUCUUGCCAUCUCUCCCUAAGUUCCCAAGCUUAAGUGGUCUGGUAAAAUCCACAGAAAAUGGCAAUGGGGUAACAUUCAGAUCUGGGACUGAUGUUAGCAUGGAUAUUGGAGUGUCUGGCUUUGGACCUGACUCCGCUAUUGACAGAGCAAUGCAAAUGAAUGAGAACUUUGCAGUGGAAACAGGGAAGCAACCAAUCAUAUUUGAAAAUCCAAUGUAUGCAGCCAGAGACAGUGUAGUCAACGUGGUUCAACCCACCGCGGUAACUGCUUCUGGAAAUGUGGAAAAUGUGAAUUAUGAAAAUGCUGCCAGUUCUGAAGAAAUAGCUGCUGGUACACAACAGCCUCCUGCAGGGACAGAAACUGCAAGGGAGACAAAGUGGAGUUUCUUCAAAAGAAAACUGAAGCAAAGUACCAACUUUGAAAACCCAGUCUAUGCAGAGAUGGAGAAGGAGCAACAGGAAGAGGCUGCUGGAGUUUCAGUUCCAUCUCCUUCACUGCCGACCAGGAUUUCUCCCAAAAGAGACCAAACUCCCGCUUAUUCAGCAACAGAGGAUACAUUUAAAGACACCGCUAACCUGGUCAGAGAGGACUCUGUUGUAUAACUAGUUCAUCAAUUUAGGGAAUCAUCAGAAAUAUCCUUUUGCACAUAUAUUUUUUAUAAACAGAUGGAAAAAGGUUAACAUUCAGUUCUUUAUGAAAAAUAUAUACCCUUUCACGCCUGUUGAAACCAUGCCUUGUUGGUUUUUGUCUUAAUGCCAACUCAUUUCUAUGAACAAAUAUCACGAUGUACUAUAUGUAUAUCUUUGCACUGAAGCUGUCUGAAAGUAAUGUUAUAAAUAUAUUGUACAUUUGUAAAUUUUGGGAAGAUUAUCACAUCAUUGAUGUUGCUAAUUAAAGUGUCUCCUGAAGUGGUUUGUUGCAUCUCUAGAGGUAAAUACCUUAUGUGAACGAUUUGAAGGAAAAAUAACAAGACCACGUUGGGAACUUGGUGUAAAUCAGAAAAUUGGUCCCAGACUCUGUCCCACCAAGUCAUCUAGGAAGUGGGUCUGGUCCCUUUUAAAAUAGCAGUUUUGUUUUAUUCUUGUUUUUACCCAUCAGCAUCUAAUUACUAUGCACUCUUGCAAAUCAACUAACUUUUUCCAGUACUCUAUGUGGAGAUAAGUUGAGCCUUCAAACUGUGCAGGAGAUCAAAAUUCAAUUCAGCAUAUUUUGGUUCAAGGACUACCAGAACAUACAGGUUUUCUGUCACUUUUGUUGAUUUUAAAUACUCUUCUCCAUAUCUGUUUUACCACUCCUUUCCAGUUAAACAUACCGUUAGAAGAUUUGCUAUCUUUAAAGGUUAAUGGCAUGAAAUAAUGCAAUACCUGAUUUAAUAAGAUUUUUCUUCUGUUCAUCAGUAGGAAAAUGAACUCACUUGGCUAACGUCUCUGGCAUGCAACUAUACUGGUAAUGGAAGGAUUACAGGUAGAAUACUACAAAAUCUCUAUUUUAAUAAAAACAAGCUGCAAAGAAGCUGGUUAUUCAAAACAUAAGCCAGGUUUUUUUCACGUUACAAAUGUCAUUUUUAUUGAGUAUUUAUGUCUUGAGAUGGACAUAAUAGAAAGGGAAACAGUUUCUACUGACCGUCUUUUUUAGACUCUGGGUUUAUUCAUUUACUUGUAUCAGAAUGUACUGUAUAUCUUAGUUGUUCUGUUGAUUAGCUGGUAUAGUUCCCAUAACAUAAACCAUCAAAGGAAAGGUCUGAGAACCAUUGCAGGAAUGUAUAAUUUAACACUUAAAAUAGCAUGCCCUGCUAGCUACUCUUCUAACUGAAGAUUUGUUAAAUUUAUAAUGAAUGAGAUUUCUACUACUGAUUUUUUUUAUACCCAAGUUCUCAAAAUAUUUGUUUUCCAUAUUUAGAAUGCUUAUUGUAACUACCCUAAAAUGUACCUUGAUUAGAAAAGCAACUGGAAAAUGAUGCUGCUGAAUAAAUCUAAUAAAUGGGUUAU